UGCCCAGCAUCUUGAUCAGUUUGUCCACCCCUGUCUAACAGUCAGAGCCUGAGCCUCCUGGAAAGCUGCAUGUAGCCUCAGGGGAGCUGAGAGUUUCUCUCUCUGGGCUAGAGCCUGUUUUCUGCCUUUGUAAGAAACUGGAAGCCUCGCUGGGGCGUUUUUUUCACCCCCGUUUUAGAGCGUGAGUCACCAACCAUGUACCAGGGAUACUGGUCUCUGUUCCUGAUCUUUAUCGCCUCCCACUGCGUAGGGUCCGUCAAAGGGCUCUUUCUUUUUGGACAGCCCGAGUUCUCAUACAAGAGGUCCAACUGCAAACCUAUCCCCGCCUCCCUCUUGUUGUGCCGCGGGAUCGAGUACCCGAACAUGAGGCUGCCCAAUCUGCUGGGGCAUGAAACGAUCCAGGAGGUCCUGGAGCAGGCUGGAGCCUGGAUCCCUCUAGUUCAGAAGCAGUGCCACCCGGACACCAGAAAGUUCCUGUGCUCGCUCUUUGCGCCCGUCUGCAUCGAUGACCUGGAUGAGACCAUUCAGCCUUGCCAUUCGCUCUGUGAGCAGGUGAAGGACAGUUGCGCCCCAGUUAUGUCUGCCUUCGGCUUCCCCUGGCCUGAGAUGCUGGACUGCAGCCGCUUCCCCCAGGACAACGACCUAUGCAUCCCCCCGGCAAGCAGCGACCACGUCCUCCCUACCCCCAGAGAAGUUUGUUGUAGGGUUGCUAAAGAGAGAGCGCAAGAGAGUGGAACUGAAAAAAUGCCAAGAUUUUUGAUUGACCAGCAAACCAAUUUCACACGUGAAAAGUCCAUGAAUCGACAGUUAUUACGAAUGAAGGAAGCCUCUUCCACUGCACCAAAGGUCUGUGAUGCCUGCAAAAACAAGAACGAAGAUGACAACGACAUCGUGGAAAACCUUUGCAAAAAUGACUUUGCCCUGAAGAUAAAAGUGAAGGAGAUCACAUACAUCAAUGGGGACACCAAGAUCACCCCUGAAACAAAGAGCAAAACCAUCUACAAGCUGAAUGGGGUGACAGAGAGGGAUCUGAGGAAGACAGUGCUCUGGCUCAAAGGUGGCCUGCAGUGUACCUGUGAUGAGAUGAAUGACAUAAAUGCACCCUAUUUAGUGAUGGGACAAAGGCAGGCUGGGGAGCUGGUGAUCACCUCCGUGAAGCGGUGGCAGAAAGGGCAGCGGGCAUUCAAACGAUUCUCCCGCAGCAUCCGCAAACUGCAAUGCUAAUCACUUCUACUCUAGUCACUUUCACCCCAGUCACUUACACCAGCUGCCCCAGUUCUGAGCUCUUCAAGCCUCUUGCACCUUCUUGUUUCAGCCUUUCUGAACCACAAGAUAUAGCAGGCAUGGGAGACGAUGGCUGUUUGUUUAAAAUGAAGAGGAGGGGAAAACCCGCCCCUUCAAAUUUUGUAAAUAUAUUAAAACUGUAAUAAAAAUCAUGAAUAUUUUUGUGAAGUAUUAAAAUAUCUUGCUUAAAGCUAGUUUGUUUGGUUUGAUUUUUGAAUAAGUGCAAAUGUGACAUUGGUCUGAAUUUUUCUUUUUUCCUUCAUGUUGGGAAAGCUGCUCAAUUGAUAUCACCACCUUUCUCUAUACACACAUUUGUGUUUGUGUGUAUUUCUCUCUGACACACUCAGAGAUGGCAACAAACAUUUCCCCCUUUUGUUGACCUUGUACAUGGAGUCUGAUUUUUGUCCAUGUAUGAAAUGGCAUGCCAUCUAUUUUAACACUAUAGAGGAGACCGUUACAACUGCUGCAUGAGGUACAUAUGCAUCAAUACAAGUAAGUUAACCAUGUGUACAUUUUGUUUUCUGACCCUGCCCCCCGAAACAAAAAAAAAACAUUUUGUACACUGAUCUGAAUACACCUUUUAACUUUUUUAAACUUGCAAAUUAAACCAUUUGUAGCCUAACUGUAAUAUACCUAAGGAUUAACCUGAAAGAGUUGUAAAAUAUUGUUUUAACCAACCUUGUAAAUAUUCCAGAUAAAUGUUAUAUCCUUGUAUAUAAACUUUACAUCGCAGUUUA